GUGUGAGAUAAUGCACAGAGUGGCCAUACAUUACAAUCGUCAGUAUUUUAAACUGGGUGGACAUUUCUGAUCUUCCAUUUCAUUUAUUUUGUUUAAUAAAUGAUUAAAUUAAUUUACAGCUGCAUAACAAAGUGAAUGUUAAACACAAACAUUAGAAAAUGUUUCAAAAUGUGUUUAUUAAAGGGUCUAUUACUAUUUAUUACCUAUAUAUAACUAAUUAAGUAAAGAAUAAUUAACUGUGGGCCAUUGAGUAAUUAGAAAGAUAACCAUAAAACCAUAAAAAACCAUAAAACUAAAAUGACCAUUAAUGUGUAGAUAUCUAUACACAAUCUAAUUUGCAUAUUAAAUGUGUUCUUGGGGCAACAUGUAAUAAAGUAAUAAGCCCCGUGAAGCCGUGGUUACAGUGAAUUUAUAACAGCUAAGGGGUGUUGUUAGGCAUGUUGUUACAAAUAUUGAAGCCAAAAAAUAUGUAUCAAUGCAACUUUCAUGAAGUAAAAUCAUUAAAAGCCUUUCUUCCGCAGAAGAAAUAGUCCCUGACCGUGAACAGCAACAGAAUUUACGUUUAUUACGCCAUUAGAUGGCGGCAAAGACUGUCUUUUUGAGCGAGUCACACGGAACAAGACCCAAAUGCUUUGAUGCUUUCUCCACACCACACACUGACAAUAACAUCUUAACGGAAAACACACAAAUUCUCCCCUCCUUCUCUUCGCUCUCUGAGGCAGAUGUUUCCAACUUCAUCCUCUCCAUUCACCCUACUACCUGUCCGCUUGACCCUAUCCCCACUCAUCUUCUUCAGGCCAUCUCCUCCUCAGUUGUACCUGCACUCAUUCACAUGAUCAAUUCUUCUCUUCACACUGGUACAUUUCCCACAGCUUUUAAGCAGGCUAGGAUUACACCACUGCUUAAGAAACCCACUCUGAAUACAGCACUUUUAGAAAACUAUAGACCGGUAUCCCUUCUUCCAUUCAUUGCGAAGACACUUGAGAGAGUUGUGUUCAACCAACUGUCUACUUAUCUCACACAGAACAACCUCCUUGACAACAACCAGUCUGGCUUCAAGAGUGGCCACUCAACUGAGACUGCCCUGCUCUCAGUCACUGAAGCCCUGAGACUGGCACGAGCAACUUCACAAUCAUCAGUACUCAUCUUACUGGAUCUGUCUGCUGCUUUUGACAUAGUCAACCACCAGAUCCUCCUGUCAACCCUCAGGUCGAAGGGCAUCUCAGGAACCGCACUCCAGUGGUUCGAGUCUUACCUCUCAGACCACCACCUUCAACUCAACCUUGCUAAAACGGAAUUGCUUGUGGUCGGUGCCAACCCAACACUUCAUCAUGACCUUUCCAUUCAACUUGGGUCGUCAACCAUAACUCCUUCCAGGACGGCCAGGAACCUUGGAGUGGUGAUGGAUGAUUGUUUAAGCUUCACAGAUCACAUCACUACAACGGCCCGGUCCUGCAGAUUUGCCUUGUACAACAUUAGGAAGAUCAGACCCUUCUUAUCGGAGCAUUCCACACAAAUUCUUGUCCAAGCACUUGUUCUAUCCAGACUGGACUAUUGUAAUGCUCUCUUGGCUGGCCUUCCAGCAUGCACAGUCAAGCCUCUACAACUGAUCCAGAAUGCUGCAGUAAGACUGGUCUUUAACGAACCGAAGAGAGCACAUGUCACACCUCUCUUCAUCAGUUUGCAUUGGCUGCCAAUAGCAGCUCACAUCCAAUUCAAGGCUCUAAUGUUUGCCUACAGAACAACCACUGGCUCUGCACCACUAUACCUAAACUCACUACUUCAGACUUACGCGCCCUCCAGAAGCUUGCGUUCUGCAAGUGAACGGCGUCUUGUGGUGCCAUCCCAAAGGGGCACAAAAUCCCUCUCACGGACCUUCUCCUGGUCUGUUCCUGGUUGGUGGAAUGACCUACCAUGCUCUAUCCGAGCAGCUGAGUCUUUAGCCAUUUUCAAAAAACUGCUAAACAAAUAUCUUUUUUGUCAACACUUGACCCAGUAAUAUUAGCACUUACUCAUUAUUUAUAUUUUACUUUUCUUUUUUUGAUUUCUAUUUAUUCUAUUAUUUGUUGUUUAAUUACAUCAUGAUUACAGUGAAUCAUUUACAUUUUGAUAAAGCGCCUUCAGCGCCACCUGCUGGAAGGAAACAGCCGGAGACAACAGGUCAAUUUAAAGGGAUAGUUCACCCAAAAAUAAUUUACUCACACUCAAGCCCUGUGUUCAUCUGAAAGAAGAAAGUCAUAUACACCUAGGAUGGCUUGAGGGUGAGUAAAUCAUGGAGUAAUUUUGACAUUUGGGGACAUUUGAUAUUCAACAGUGUUUAGAUCUGUCUGCAUUGACACUAUUGUAUGAGAACUGAACUGAGCUGGAUGAUGACAUCACUGUUCACUCCAGUGCUGAUAUAGAUAAAUUAACUAAAUUAAUAACUAUUGAUUCUUACAAUCAAACGAAUCAGUACUGAAUUUACUGUACACGCUGGAAAUGACAGCAUUUUCUUUAAGAGCUGCUGUGCAGCCAAAAUGAUAUACCAGUUAUCACUGUAAAGCUGCUUUGACACAAUCUGCAUUGUAAAAAGAGCUAUAUAAAUUAGAGAUCGACCGAUAUGGGUUUUUCUAUAACCGAUGCCGAUGUUUAGAGGUCAGGGUCAGCCGAUGGCCGAUAUCUUGAAGUUUUCCCCUUCAUUUGCAUGCUAAAAUGUCACACUAAUAAUAAGUGGAUGCACAACAUUUCUAAACUUAACAUCAUUUAUUGAACACUGACUUGAUUUACAUAAAAGUUUUAGAGCAUGUAUCAAGCUGAAUUUUUCAAGUUUGUUGGAAAUGUAAACUUCAAUAUACAUUUAAAUAAAAUAAAUACAACUUUAUAAAUAAAAAUCAGUUAAAAACUUUGUCAUGUUGCACAGUCUUGUAUGCAAGGACAGUGCUAAACUCUUAGUGAUUUCUGACAUUCUUGACGGUUAACGUUAGACAGGUUUAAUGAGGAUAAUAACUGUGCGACACACACACACACACACAUAUAUAUAUAUAGUCAUUGGUCGGAACACAUCAUUUUAUUAGGCUGAUGUCCAUUUCGCAUUACACAGUUGAUGGAAACACACGCAGAUGCGCAUAUUCUUGAGCCGAACUUUCAUUAAUGCAAAGUUGGAUGGAAACCCGGUUAUUGUCUGCCUCAAACCAUGCUUCCGAACAAAUGUCAUACACUUCUGCGCAGUGGCGUAGCGCAAAUCCGCGGGGCCCCCCGUGAGCCGAGAGUCAGAGGCCACCCGAAGGAAGGUUCAACCAAGAAGGGGAGCCAAUGGUUAUCACACAAGAAGCAACAUGCAAACUUUGCGGAAAACUUAUGCCGGUAAAAGCUUAAACUCGGUCAGUAUUCAAAGUGAAAGUAAAAGUGACGGAGCUGCCUGACGCUGCAUUAACGGAGCAUUUUCUCUCAGAGACGAAUUUCAACAUAAUAUGCUGAUAACGGUAUAUAACUGUCUUAAUUUAUUCCAUUAUUUCCUUUGUGGCCCGUACAUAUAGUGAAACAAAUGAGAAGAACAGUAUUUUGUGUUAAACAGCUUGUUUUUUUUUUUUUUUUUUUUUUUUAAAGUUGGUGAAGUAGCCUAAAGCUGCUCUUAAUUUCUUAAUUAAGCUGCUCUUAAUUGCAUUGUUAGGAAAUAUUAUAGACUGUUAAUAAUUUUAAUUAUAGGUCCAAUUCAUUGUAUAAUAGACCUAAAAAAAUGUUUAAAACAUUUUCAAAGAGGAGCUGAUAGCCUAAUCUCUUAUUAUCCUCACAGCACGUCAGUUAUGCGGUGAUGCGCUGUGAAAUUAUUGCGGGGCAAAUUUAUUAUAAUAUUAAUUUAAUAAUAAAAGUAGCUUACCUAAUAGUAAUAAUAAUAGACUAGAAGAAUGUAACAGGCUUACAUUAAUUGGAAAUGCCAAAUCCUCUUAAUAUUGACAAUAUUUGUCGGAGUAAUGUAGCCCUCAAUCACGCUGCAGUGUUUGUGAGAGCUGCCGCCUUCUCCACCACAAGCACAGAGUGAAAUUCUACGACUCCAGCUGUAGCAUUAUGCCAGUUCCCGACGGUUCUAUGCUAUCCGUUGUUUCUUUCACUAAGUGAAGCAACACUUCAUAGUUUACUAGUAGCCUAAUAUAUAGUAAAUAUAUAGCCAUAGGACUUUGAAAUAUCAGAAUUUAAGCCUUAGGCUACCUUUAUCUCCCAGGACUGUUGUUGAAACUUUUGGAAAUUCACAUGCGGCAGCAGCACAUUCCACCGCACCAAUAACACAGGGCUGCCCGCGGACGUGCCUGACUUGACUUAAUUUUCUUUUUUGGGUGAACUAUCCCUUUAAGUCGAGGUGAACUGGCCACUUAUAAAAUGUUUUAUCCAGUAAAUGUUUAGAGGAACUGCAGUAACAGUGAAGCUGUGCCAGUGGUUGCUCUUUAUUUCCAAUAAAGUAAGAAAUAAAACUGUAAAAGUAUACUGAUAUAAGUAAGCAGUCAUUCUCUGUAUGUCUGUAAGGGGCGAUGAUGUUCACAGGAUCCAGCAGACACACACGGGUUGCCCUCGUCUCAGAGAAGAAACAGGGCUUUUGGAGAUAAAUGGGAUUGCUUGUACGCCGGCAUCUUCACAGGACCAGAGCGUCAUGCACAGGUGUGCGAAUCUGGAUAUGGCCUCCAUCGAUUACAUCAGCAGCUUUAUGGCUGGCCAGGCCUCCUCCAUCUCCUGUGGUCUUAUUCUGUGUCAACAUGUCCUCGAUCACACAUACUGUGGAUGAAGGCACUGCAGUUGUGUCUGCGUUUGUAAAUUUAUGACAAGCUAAUCAUUAAAUAAUGAAAAUGUAAAUUUAAAUAAUUUCAAAAUGAAAGCAAUCAAACCCUUACUAAAAAUAUGAAAUAUUG